AUGGAGUCACCCGUACGCUCUCUAUCCCGCUCUUCAUCCUUUGCUCCGGGCCCGCACCGUCGGUCACACCCCAACCUGCACCACUUGUCCCUCGCACCGUUGACACCCAAGUAUCCCAUUGAUCCAGCGGACUACGACGCGUACUUUGACCCGUCAACGUCUGAGCUCCACACCUCCGCCUCUAUAAGCCAGAUCUCCGGCCUGCCAUCGCCGGGCGGGAUAUUAACAAGCCAUUCCGCAGCACACUCCCGGGCCAGCUCACGCACUAGAUUGAAGAGGAAGACGAAGUCGAGUGUUUCCGUGCACGGAUCCGCGGCUACUGCAGGCUCACAGCCGCACCAAGCUCACCUUGAAGCUCCUUCGGGUGCCUUGACAAGCGAAGGGUUCGGACACAGGAAGGCGAAUCGCGUCAGCUCUGGUCUCCGCAUCCACAUGUCCGACUCCUCAUGGCUGAUCCAAACAGGCCUCGCGUUGACUGAAGGAUCUCGCGAAAGUAAGGGCCAGUCAUGGAUUGUCAAGCGAGACUCUUCGACAUCACUCGCCUCGCCUUCGUACGUCCCGACCGAAGAACGUGCGACCCACAGUUCAACGCACCCGAGUAGAUCAGCCCGUGCCACUCCCAGCAUCAGCCGUAGGAGCAGCUUCAAACGCGGUAGCCGACGCUCCCUUGCAAUAACCCCAGCAUUGCACACUCCACUGUCACUUGGCCUCGACGAGCCAGACUCAAACUCAAUGCCCGACUGGGCGGAUGAUCGCACCCAGGCAGAAAUCGCCGCUCAAGUUGGGAACGACUUGGCCGAGGAGUUCGACUACGACGGAGAUCCGUACGGUGUUCUAGAUUUCGAAGGUCAAUUUGACAGUGAUGAAGAUAAUGAUAGUGACGAAGAGGAAGUACGCCGGGAAAUUCUGGCUUCUGGGUUUCAUAUGGGAAGCUGGGUGGAUGGAAUUGUGGAUGUAUUCUUGCGACUGGAAGAUCCACCCGAUUCUUCCUCGGAACAAAACCUGGAUCUGGAGACUGGGAGUCGAUUUCCGUCUAGAGAGAUGCCCGCAAAUAUUGAUGCAGCUCAACUACCAUCUAGCGGGGCGGAAAAUGGAGAACCCAAACCAACCCACUUCGAAUCUGAUAACUCUGUGGAACCUCCACCUGUCCAGCAACAAGGAGGGCUAUGGAAUGAUGUCGCUUGGUUCGGACGCCUCGUGGCAAGAACAGUCAGGUCUUAA